AUGUCAGUGGUCCAGACUAGCAGACGGCAAAGAUUUUGUUUUCUGUCGCUGGUCGACGAAACUUAAAAGGUGAGGUAACAGUCCUUGAAAAAAACAACAACAACAGUUUCAUCGCGCAACAGAAUUAACAAAUAUCUUCACCACUUUUCGGACAUGUUUCUUGUGCCAUACAUCUGGACUGCCUUGAUCGUACCAUGUGCCUGGGCACAAAACACCAUGCCGAGUGUUGUUGUGGAGGCAAGGAACAUUACCGUUCCAGCCGGGUCUGAUGUUCUUCUGCCUUGUCAUAACCAGCGGAUGGUUUGGAGGCAGGAUCGCCUGCGAGACCGUCAGCGUGUUGUGCACUGGGACCUGAUCCGGAACCAACCCGAUUACACUGUGGAGCGCAUCUUAGACAUGUUCUCAGGGGGAACUGAGCGCUUGUAUAAUGACUACAAUAAGGGACGAAUUACUAUUUCAAAAGAUGCCUUCAGCGAUGGAAAUUUCUCGCUAGUUAUUAAUAAUGUGGACAUGGAUGAUAAAGGUAUCUAUACUUGCAACCUACAUCACCACUAUUGCAAGGUCCACCAGUCCAUUAAAAUCCAGCUCAACGUCACUAAAUCACCUCGAAAGGAAAAGCGUGUCUGGGAUGGUGAAAAAUCUGUGUUUGUGGUUCUGGUGGGGAAGAGUGUGGUGCUUCCCUGUGUGAAUCGCAGACAAUUGUGGACGGAAAGUCAGAGGGACGAGGGCCAGCAGCAGGUGGUCCACUGGGACUGGCAGGCACCUGGGGUCACCCGUGACCGAGCAGACCGCCUCGUCGAUAUGUACGCCUCUGGAGAGAAUCGGCAAUACGGACCGCUUUUCCUCCGGAAUAAGAUGAACAUCUCAGCUGAUGCCUUCUCCAUGGGGGAUUUCUCCUUGAGCGUCCACAACAUUCAGCCCUCUGAUAAAGGCCUGUAUUCCUGCCACCUUCACCAUCACUAUUGUGGCCUUCAUGAAAGACGAAUCUUCAGGGUGAUCGUUGGCCCUUUUGUCCAGCCAUUGCCUCCAGCGCGUUCCUCUACUGAAGCAUCAAAAACUUAUUCUGAAGCACCAAAAACAUAUCCUGUCCUGCCUGCUGAUGACCCAAACACAAACAUGGUGGAUGCGCCUCAUGUCCUCAAUGUAAUUCUGCCUGAGAAUCAAACUAACCUCUUGCACCAAGUGGGCUACAUCCUGGCAAUCUUCCUGCUGCUUCUGUUAAUGCUCAUUGGAAUCAUUAUGACCAUGAGGCACUGCAGAAAAAAAGAGUUUGAGGUUCGACGGUCUGAGCGGGGGCGGAGCACAUCCAUUGAGCUCGAUGCCACAGAACUGCAACCCUACAAUCAAGAGGACUUGCGACUAGAGUACAAGAACAACAUAAUGAAAGAAAGGGCAGCGGCAAACAACUAUCCCUCUCCAAAAGUUAUCGACCUAAACAGAGAAAUGGAGAGAAUGUCAUGGAAGUGAUUCAUAGUGAGCUGCUGGCUGGUCCAGAGCAUUCUGAAUGAGAAGAGAUUCAAGGACUUUACAUUUACGUUGAGAAGAGGACCGGAAUUACUGUCUUUCUACAGCUUAAUUACUGCUUACAUGAACUUAUAAUACUUAGAUUCUUUUGAUAAUGGUAAGUCAAUUCAAUUGAAAUCUUUUUCUUAACGUAAUCGCUGUGUACCAUAAUGGUAAUCUAUUGAUUUCAAGUUACACGUAUGUAAAAUGUGGUAGAGCAAUUUUCUGAAUUCAGCAUUUGGUACUCUUCUGUGUUCAAUUUCUAAAUUUAAACAAUUUAAAAAUUGUGUCUGUGGUAGAAACCACUGUAAGUGUCUGGAUCUGAAUGGAAAUUUCUUAUAAAACUCAGGAAGCAAACAAAUAGCUGUGGCUUCAGGUCAAAAUAGUCAAAAAUGGUACACAAGUGAACCUCAAAAGCAAUUAAAUGUACUGUUUCUGCUAUUCUGAUGUACAUGUAUCUUUUGUAUGAAUUUUGAGUCCUUUUGACCAGGACUUCUUUGGUCCUUUUGUUGUUUUUCAGUCUAUGUUUUACAGCAUUAUGUAGGCCUAGAUGGUACAGUUACAACUUAUUUGCUUUUGCAAUAUGAGAAAGUCCCAUUUAUCUUUCACUUUCCUUGGUCAGUGAUGUUCAUUUACACAGGUUACUAAGCAUUCAUGCAGUAGUUUUUCUUUGAUCUGGAUUCUACAUUUAUCUUUAAAGAGGUAUACAUGAUCAUGUCGGUGUAGAGGACCAAUUUACAAAUAUAAUAAAGUUUAUUCUGAAAUA